AUGGAUGGGGUGGCUGGAGGUGUGGGCACCCCCGGUAGUGCCGGAGUGUCUGGGGGUGACAGCCUCCCCAGACAUAACGGAGGGGACUCGAAGCGGCGCAGUAAGGGCAGCCUGCCCUCUCCGGGUUACAGGCUGUCCCAGGCCUCACUGGAAGGGGAGAGGUGCUCCUUCGGGGCGGACAGCACUUCCUUAGGUGGACGCGGCCGCCGUCUCUCCAUCAUGAGCUCCUCCACCAGGGACGGCCUUCCCUUCCGCACAGCAGGUACCCCAACCACCCCGGUGCCCCAGCCCUCUUCUUCUGCCACAGCUCAUCCUCCUCCUCGUUUAUUGGGCUUUGCCUCGACUCGUGCCGCCCUGCCAUCCACCUCCUCCACCGGGACCGGAGUGAUGGUGGUGGCCACAGGCCCAGAGACCACCACCACCACGGCAUGUAACACCACUGCAGGGAGCCCUGAGAUGAUGGGUCAGUUUGGACUGGGUGUGUUUGGCAUGGGACUUGACGGGGAGGACUACAGCAACUCCAACCAGAGCACCUUCAUCCAGAGACAGUUUGGAGCCAUGCUUCAGCCGGGGGUCAACAAGUUCAGCCUGCGCAUGUUUGGAUCCCACAAAGCUGUGGCACUGGAGCAGGAACGACUGAAAUCAGCAGGGUCGUGGAUCAUACACCCAUACAGUGACUUCAGAUUCUACUGGGACCUGCUGAUGUUAAUGUUGAUGAUGGGGAACUUAAUCAUCCUGCCAGUGGGCAUCACUUUCUUCAGAGAGGAGAACACUCCCUCAUGGAUCAUCUUCAACGUGGUGUCUGACACUCUCUUCAUGGUCGACUUGGUUCUCAACUUCAGGACCGGUAUCAUCAAGGAAGACAACACUGAGAUACUACUGGACCCCAGGGCGAUCCGCCAGAACUACCUGAAAACCUGGUUCCUCGUGGACUUCUUGUCGUCCAUCCCAGUGGACUAUAUUUUCCUGAUGGUGGACAGUCUCGACUCCGAGGUCUACAGGACGGCCAGGGCACUGCGCAUCUUUCGCUUCACCAAAAUCCUGAGCCUGCUUCGACUGCUCCGCCUGUCCAGACUCAUCCGCUACAUCCACCAGUGGGAGGAGAUCUUCCAUAUGACCUAUGACCUUGCCAGUGCAAUGGUGAGGAUAGUUAACCUGAUUGGUAUGAUGCUGCUGCUGUGCCACUGGGACGGCUGUCUUCAGUUCCUGGUCCCCAUGCUGCAGGACUUCCCUCCUGACUGCUGGGUUUCCAAGAACCUGAUGGUGAAUGACACAUGGGGUGUGCAGUACUCCUAUGCUCUAUUCAAAGCCAUGAGCCACAUGUUGUGUAUCGGGUAUGGUGCCCAGGCUCCAGAAGGGAUGACUGAUGUGUGGCUUACCAUGCUCAGUAUGAUCGUGGGUGCCACCUGCUACGCCAUGUUCAUCGGCCAUGCCACCGCUCUCAUCCAGUCACUGGACUCCUCACGAAGACAGUACCAGGAAAAGUACAAGCAGGUGGAGCAGUACAUGUCGUUCCAUAAGCUUCCUGCAGAUGUUCGGCAAAAGAUCCACGAGUACUAUGAGCACCGCUUCCAGGGGAAAAUGUUUGAUGAGGAGAACAUCCUGGGAGAACUCAGCGAGCCACUUAAAGAGGAGAUAGUCAGCUUUAACUGCCGCAGCCUGGUGGCUAACAUGCCACUGUUUGCCAACGCUGAUCCCAACUUUGUGACUGCAGUGCUGAUCAAGCUCCGCUUUGAAGUGUUUCAGCCUUCAGACUACAUCAUUCGCGAGGGCACUGUUGGGCGGAAGAUGUACUUCAUCCAGCAUGGACGAGUUGCUGUGCUGACCCGUGGCAAUAAGGAAACCAAGCUGAGCGAUGGGUCUUACUUUGGAGAGAUCUGUUUGUUGACUCGUGGACGGAGGACAGCCAGCGUCCGUGCAGAUACAUAUUGUCGCCUAUACUCUCUAAGUGUGGAUAGCUUUAACGAGGUGCUGGAGGAACAUCCAAUGAUGCGCCGUGCCUUUGAAACCGUUGCUGUUGACCGAUUGGACCGUAUCGGCAGGAAGAACUCCAUGCUCAUGCGGAAGUCGUCCCAGGGCCUGGCAGCAGGCGGUCUGGGUUCCUGUGACAGCAUGCUGGUGCAGCAGAUUGUCAAACACGACAGCAUGACGGCCAUGCAGGAUGCCAUUGCGGCUGCUGCUGCAGGAAGAAGCGGCGUCGUGGGAGGAAGUGGCACAGUGUCACCUCGGCCGCGCCCGGUCAUCUGGGCGCCGCUGGUCCACGCCCCCCUGCAGACUGCUGCUGCCACCAGUAAUGUAGCCAUCGCCCUCAUGCACCAGCAGCAGCAACAGCUCCAGCAGUUGCAGCAGCAGCAUGCACUUGGAGCCCCUCCGCCCCUCUGUGAGCUCUCUCAUCGGGAUGAUGACGAUGGGAGGGAUGGGAGGGAUAGCAGGUGGUUUGUCUCCAAGAGGAUUUGCUGCCUCUCCCUCAACCAUGGGCCCUCCUGGUGGGUUGACAUCGCCCCCUAUUGCUAA